AUGUCGCCAACCAUUGCUAUUGUUGGCGGAGGCCCAUGUGGCUUGACUCUUGCACGCCUGCUAGAGUGCAACGGCUUCGACUACGUCGUCUACGAGCGAGACGAGACCGACGACGCCAGCCGCGGGGGUGGCUCUCUCGACCUCCAUAGCGAGACGGGCCAACUCGCCAUUCGAGAAGGCGGACUGUUCGACGAGUUUAAGAAACACGCCAGAUACGAUGACACCACGUUCAAAAUCACGGAUCAGCAUGGCGAGAUCUUAUUGGACGUUGGUCAGGGUCGCGACGCUCCGGAAAUUGACCGCUUCCUCCUGCGCAGAAUCUUCCUGGAAUCGAUCCCGAAGGACAAGAUCCGUUGGGGUCAUGCUGUUACGGGUAACAAACUCGACGAGGACGGCGUGCCGGUUCUCGAGUUUUCAAACGGUUCCACAGCAUCUGGCUUCAAGCUCGUCGUUGGAGCGGACGGCGCAUGGAGCAAGGUUCGACCACUGAUCAAUCAGGCAAAACCCAUAUACUCGGGCAAGUACUUUGUCGAGUCGAGGAUAUACCCCAGCAGUCCCCAAUACGGAGCUCUGGCCACCAAAGUAGGGACUGGCACACUUGACGCGCUGGGCCCGUACCAGCAGAUGAUCGUCCAGAAACAGGGCGACAGCUCUUACAGGAUCUAUUACGGAUUUCUAGCACCCGAGGACUUCGCGAGCAACGGAACCGUUGACCUGUCCAACGGUGAAGCCGUGCGAAAGCUAUUGCUCUCCAAGGAUUUCUUCGGAGACUGGGUCGAAGAAAUGAAGGACCUGAUCCGCCACUCUGACACCUUCCGCAGCUGGGCUCUAUACUCCUUGCCAGCCGAGUCACUGGACUGGAAGCCUGUCCCCGGGGUGACCCUCAUCGGGGACGCGGCGCAUGUGGCCGUCCCAUUCGCAGGAGAGGGGGUGAAUUCUGCCAUGAAAGACGCGCUGGUGCUGGCAAAGAAGAUCGCAGAGCAUAGGACCGGCGACGGCUUAGAGCGCGCCGUCCGCGAAUAUGAGCAAGAUAUGUUCCCCCGCGGUCGUGACGUAAUAACCAGGAGCAUGAAGAACGGAGAGCUCCUGUUCAACAAGGAAGGCCCGCACGCUUUCAUUCGCGCGUUGACAGACGGCUCCUUCUGA